GAAAAAUCUGAGAACUGAAAAAUCUAACCUUUUUUAUUGUUGGAUUCUCUCCAGCUGCAGAGAUUGAAACUUGUUGAUUCGUUCGGACAAUCUAAUUUAGAUUUUCUGGGUUUUGUUUUCUCUAUUUUACAUACUUUGUAUUAUUAUUUUUUUUGGUAAUGUCGUCACCGGACAUUGUCGGAAUCCUGGAAAACACGAAGGAGCUUGAUCGGUUAAGGAAAGAACAAGAAGAAGUGUUGGUUGAGAUCAAUAAGAUGCAUAAGAAGCUUCAAGCUUCUCCUGAGAUAGUUGAGAAGCCUGGUGAUAUCUCAUUGUCAAAGCUUAAGAAUUUGUACAUUCAAGCAAAAGAGCUCUCUGAAAAUGAAGUAACGGUGUCGAACAUUUUGCUUACUCAGUUGGAUUUGCUGCUUCCUUAUGGACCAACCGGGCAGCAGAGAAGAAAGUUAGGAGUGGCAGAAGGCAAUGAUCAGAAGAGGAAGAGGAUGAAAGUUGAUUCAGAUGUAAUAAGGCUUUCUCCUUCAAUGAGAAAUCAAAUUGAAGCAUAUGCAAGUCUGAAGGGUGAACAGGUAGCUGCGAGAGUUACAGCAGAAAGUGCUGAUAAGGAUGAAUGGUUUGUGGUUAAAGUAAUCCACUUCGAUAGAGAAACAAAAGAAGUUGAAGUACUUGAUGAAGAACCAGGAGAUGAUGAAGAAGGAAGCGGUCAGAGGACCUAUAAGUUACCAAUGUCAUGCAUUUUACCAUUCCCAAAACGAAAUGAUCCUUCGAACACACAAGAGUUUCCACCGGGUAAACACGUCUUAGCUGUAUAUCCCGGGACAACAGCACUCUACAAAGCAACUGUAGUAAGUACCCCACGCAAGAGGAAGUCUGACGAGUACUUGCUUGAAUUCGACGAUGAUGAGGAAGAUGGAGCAUUGCCUCAAAGAACAGUACCUUUCCACAAAGUCGUAGCUCUACCAGAAGGUCAUCGCCAGUGAAAGAAAACAACUCGGUAUCAAUGAUUAUAUCAGUCUAAUGUAAAUAAUCCGAAAAGCGAGAACAUUCACGAAGAAUUCAGUCUCCAUGGCAUGACCAAUCAGAAAAAAUCGCGGUCUCGGAUAACCUUUCAUGUAGUUUCAGAGGGGUAGAUUGAGAAUAAGUUCAUGUUUGUGUGUGCAAUAUAAGUUAAAGUUGUAACCUUUGUGUCAAAAGAGUUGCUGAAUGAGAGAACAAAAGAGAAACAUCUGUAUCAUUCACUUUGCGAGAAUGUAAAAAAACUCUGUUCUAAUGUAUGGAAAUCCAACGAGAGUAGUAGAUUUAGAGGACUGAAA